AUGUCUUCGUCCGGUGUGACUCUCACGGCGCCUGUAAAUAUCGCGUUGAUAAAGUACUGGGGAAAGUUGGAUGAAACGGCGAUCAUUCCUACCAACGAUUCUCUUAGUUUCACGCUUUCUCAAGAUGAUAUGUGUGCCACUACAACUGCAAUGACCGUUGCUCGGGGAGUAAAAUCGAAGUUCUGGUUAAAUGGCAAGGAAAUGGAUCUCGGUCACCCACGUAUACGGGCUGUCGUUGAGGAAGUGCGAAAAAUAGCCAAGGUUCAGGGAACGGAUGAAACACUUUUGGACUUGCCAGUUCGUAUCGCUUCGAUCAACAAUUUCCCCACGGCAGCUGGGUUAGCUUCCAGUGCCGCAGGUUAUGCAGCCGCCACUGCUGCUCUUGGUGCUUUAUACGGGGUGAAAGGAGAUCUGAGCAGGAUUGCAAGAAUUGGAUCAGGGUCAGCAUGCAGAAGCAUAUCCGGAGGGUUUGUGAGAUGGAUUGCAGGAUCAACGUCUGAGGAUUCGAUUGCUGUUCAAGUCGCUCCAGAAAAUCAUUGGCCGUCGCUUCGCUGGCUGAUCUGCGUUGUUAGGGCGACACCAAAGGCUGUGGGAAGCACGGAAGGAAUGCGGCGUACGAUUCAGACGAGUCCAUUGAUGCCUGCUCGUAUUGCCUCGGUUCCUGAUAAAAUUUCCGCCAUCACCAAAGCUAUUCAGGAACGAAAUUUCCGUGCUAUGGCGGAAUUAACGAUGCAAGAUUCCAACCAAUUUCACGCUAUAUGCCUCGACACAUUCCCACCGCUGUUCUAUAUGAAUGAUGUAUCCCAUCGAAUCAUAGACUUCGUUCAUGAUUAUAAUCGCGUGAAGGGGUCCCUCAUAGCGGGGUAUACAUUUGAUGCAGGUCCAAAUGCGUGUUUGUUUACUGAACAAGAAAAUUUUGAUGAAUUGGCGUCCGUCGUGGAGGCCUUGUUCUCUGAUGGUGUGGAGACGGAUUUCGUGAAAGGAAUGAAGCCUGAACGAAAAGUGGAUGCGUCAAAAUUGUUGGAUUCGAUUAAUGUUCAGCCGAUCAAAGGUGGGAUAAAGUACGCGAUUGGAACUAAGUUGGGUGGUGGCCCGAGGAAAAUUGAUCACGAAAAAUUCUCCCUCCUGGAUGCCAAUGGGGAGCUGAUCGACAGGGCAUAAAUCUGGUUGCAUUUAUUGCUUUUAUCUGCCGCACAUUGCAGUGUCGGUUGCGGCAGAUUUGAUCAAAAAGCGUGACGGUUGUGGUGCUUUAUCUGGAGAAUCCUUGGUUUAUGGGGAAAUGUACCGAUUUUCAACGA